AUGGCGUCAGGUGUGUUUAUUAUACAUGUACCAUUCGAGCAAAAUAACGAGGAUGAAAUCAAUGGUAAUGAUGUAGAAUCCCUUGCUGGUCCUUUGAAUUUGGUCGAGGUAUUUACCCGUAUAUGGAUUUGUGGAAUACGUUGCAUGUGAAUAUCAUUCAGUAUAGCAUUUGAUUAUUACUCCAUAUAGUUUGGUUUAUUAAACUUGGUCUCUUAACUUCUCUUGUUACAAAUAAGGCAAUAAUCUACAGUAUGCAUGUGUACAAGAAUAGUAAGAUUAACAAGAACAAGUUAUACACUACCACACAGCGACCGAGCCAGUGACCGAGUUGUGUGGCACUUAACACAAACAGUUUUCCAUGUUUUUUCUCACUGAGUAUCGUAAAUAGUAAACUGAAAAUACGCGCGGAGUGAUUAGAACUAGAGAAUACUUAUGUAUAUAUAUGUGCUUUACAGGUAUAAAGUAAAACUAUCAAAUAUUAUAAACCGACCAUUGAGAAAGAUCGUGAGUUUAUUUUUACGGCCAUUUAAAUUACGACUAUAUAUCACAUAUGGAAAACAGGCUUUAAAGUUCUCUGAAGAGUGAAGGCAAAUACUAUCCGAUCUUAAUUUGUCGGACAUUCCAUACUCUGGUUGCAAGUAACUUGAUUAAUAACACAUGCACGUAUCGCAAUUAGUUCAACUAGAUCAUGUUGGAACGUCUGGUUUGGGUUUGCAAUAACCGGGUUUGCGUCUUCAGUCACAUGCACAAGCGUAGCAUUAAUCACUUUAAAAAGAAAGAUCGAUCAAGUCUAGAUACUCAUGCCAAUAAGACAUCGGCAGUGCAUCCAACCUCUGAAGUCUUUCAUGCAGUCAUGGUCAACAUAGGUAACUUCCGUAGCAAAGGUAAGGCCAAAAACGUAUUUAGUUGCUGAGUUUCUCUUCAACAUCCCUUAGUUAUCAAGAUCCCUUAUCAAUGUUUUCCGGCAAGAUCCCUUAUCAACUCGAUUGCAGACACCAAACUUGUGACCGUAUAAGCAAGACGUCAGUCGCACCAAAUGAAGACAUAAAACUGGUCGAUGUGUCAUUAAUCUCCAACGACGUGUAUGACGAGCCGUUUCGGCCAAAGUGUUCGAGAAUCAGAAUUUAAGUCGAGAAUUGGCCAAAAGCUUUGAGAAUCAGAAUUCAAGUCGUGGGAUGCCAAAACUUGACUUGAAUAUUAAUUUAGAAUACAGACCAGAACCUUUUGGAAUUGCUUUUGAAAAAAAGAUCUUACUUUCCUUAAAUAUAAAGAUUUUUGUGGCAUCUCAUUCGAAUAAAUAAUAUUGUGCAUGCAUAUUGGUGCAUGCAGAGGAAGUUUUUGCGUUCGGUGAUCUUCUGCCUAAUUAAAUUAAUAAUAUCGGCCGUAAUCCAAAUGCUUCUUUUGCCUAUACUCAAUAGACUUAGUGGGGAUAUAAAUAUAUAAUCAUUGAUAGUAGCAAACACUGAAUCUUUCCAGACGGUGCAGUCGUUGUUUAUAUCAUUAUAGUUUCAUCAUUGACAGUGUCAGUAAAGAGGUUUUCGAUGCUUAUAGCCUUACGAGCGAUCUUCGGAGACCAACAAAAUCCCCGCCUUUUUAUAGUCGAACACUCGAACAUAAAGCUAUUCAAGAUUUAACAUUCAAAAAUGAUUUGGAUAAUGGUGAUAAUAGAUUAAUCGAAGAAAGAUUUUAAAAACGAUGGUCAGUUGAAAUAUCGAAAGUAGAAGGAUUACGAUUAUGAUUGGCAUUUCUGUAGCGCAAAUUUACAUGUGGAUAUGAUCAAAUACGCUUUACAUCAAGAAUUAAGGUCCAGACACACCGGACGCGAUUCAGACAACACGACGCGAUUUUUGAUCCUAGUUUAAGUUUUCCAAAUGUUUAGAAGCGUUAUAAUAUUUUGAGUUAUUUGGUCUACAUAUCUUUUAAAAUUCGCUCUCAUUGGUUGUUUUAUUCGGUUAAACUUUCAAAAACUAAAAAACCGUGUCGCGUUGUCGAAUCGCGUCCGGUGUGUCUGAACCUUUAUACGUUUACAUACUCAGACUGUCUAGAUUAUUUUAUGUUUAUAACAAUUAUGAUAUUACUUUCUUAACUGUGUUUAUCCUAACCCACCCUGUCAACUUUCCCUGUGGGAGGAAACCGGAGCACCCGGAGAAAACCCACGACUUUCGACAGAGCCUUGACUGACUCUUUUCACAUGCAUGAGUCCGUAGCGAGAAUAAACCCACGAACUCAGAGGUGAAAGACGCUUGUUCUGUAGCCUGCGAACAGGCUCUCUUUGAACUCUCUUUGAAUCAAUUCAAAGAGCCUGUUCGCAGGCUACUUGUUCUGACGACUGCGCCACCGACGCCCCUUGUAUCUCCGUAUAUUGUAGUUGCAUGAUAAAUAACAUUGAAAGAGUGACAAGAAUAAAAAUAAUUAGAAGAUACACUUGGUACAGAUAUCAAUCUCAAAAUUACAUCGACAAUGAUCUGUAGUGCAAGAUCUAGAAGAGUUAAAAGUCUUCCCUUCUUUACCAAUUUUCAUGCAGUGAAAGAUAGGAUAAGAUGUCGCCAAAUAUCGACCGAAAUUGUAGACUUUGUAGGUUCCCCCAAAACGUGUAUGUCGAGUUUAUGGAAAUAUUAACCCAUUUAGCAAUUAUACAUCCAACUUUCCAGUCAACCAUACUCAAACAUUGGCAACUGCAACGUCAGAAAACAAAAUUAAAUUAAUGUAAUAAGUACAUUUCUACACUUUAUUUGCCUUUUAAAGCACUUAUAUCUUUCUUUUAAACAACCUUAACUUGGAUUAAGUAGCAAUACAUACAUUUACAUAAAGCAAUACAGUCGGUAUAAAUUUACACUCCAAACGCACCCGUGUCACCAAUUCUCAACUCAGUGAGUAUUACCGCAGAUUUUUCAAUUAAGAAAUGAUGGUAUUACCGAAGCCGGAUGAUAAUCCCCCGCCAUUUAACUUAAAUAGUUUUCUUGACCCUCACCCAAGGUUAGGGUUGGGGUUAGGGUUGAAGUGGAGUGCGGGCCAGGUUUAUCAGGUUCGCUGACUUAGUACACAUCUGAUUGGUUGAACUCUGUAUUUUACAUAAAAAACCUCAAACGUAAAAUUUGUACGUGUUGGCGCGUUUAGACUCUAAAAACAACCUGGUUAAAAUUCUCCUGGCCAAUCUAGAACACAUCGUAUAUCUCUGUCAGUGAAACUAGGUUAGGUUGACGCUUGUGAUGAAAAGGCGCUGUAUAAAUUAGUACUCAUGUAUUUCAAACUGUUUUGCUUGGAUUUUACAUUACACCGUAUUCCGGACUUCAUCACGUACUGAUAGGUUAAAACUAUAUGAACCGCAAUGAUUUACGGGCGCGUACCUGAAACACAAAUAUUGCACAUUUAGUUAGUCUGUUCAGUUUUCACUCGGGUCUCUUCGGAGCAUGUUUUACCAUUCGGUAAUCGGCGAUCACGAAAAUCAUGAAGAGACUAUGUACGUUGUGUAAUCGGCCUAUUGGACUUAUUUUCCUGUCCGCAUGCGCUGCUUUAUACGUUCGGGGUGGUUGUCCCAUUAAGGCUGACAUUAAGCUGGUUUUCCACUAGCGAUUUUUUUCGCGAACGACUUUAUUCUUUUGUCCAAAACUAAUUAGUUCCAAAUGGUUCCAUCCGAAAGCUCAAGGACAAAAGCAAAUAGUCGCUUCGCGCGAAAUAAUUCGCUAUUCCAAGUCAAGUGGGGCUGAUCAUCAAGUGUUAAACAUGAUAUGAACUUAGUUAUUUUGGUUAACUGACUGCACAGAAUUGUUCGUUUUCUUUAAAACCCCACUUAUAUUUUACAAACAACUAACAACCCAUGACAAAUUUCUACUUGGUAUCAAGUCUUUCAGCUGUCUUGUUUACUCUUAUAUAAAGGUUUUAGAAAAUGAGCUGAUAUCACUUAAUGUUCAAGGUGUUUCGUGGAUAGUCACAAACGACAGGCAGUUUCAUCAGGUAUGUGUUAAGUAGUGCAACUGCAUAGAUAUCUCAUAUAUAUGAGAUAUUUAUGAGUGCAACAAAUCAUGUACAAAAUCCUUGUAGCCUUUUCUGUCAAAACACAAUCCUACCAUACCAAUUCUAAACCUACCCUAAUAUUUUAGGUGAUAUUCUCAGAAAUGGAAGGUAAAAAAGUUAAAGAAAUUAAAGGGCGGUUAAACAUUAUUGGUAUUGGAGAGAGACCAAACACAUCAGUAAGGUAUUGUUUUCUGAAACGUCACCCUGGAGAUCUAUACCCUCUUGCACUAAAUUUCAUUUUAAGCGAUUGUAUAUUUUAGCUUCAUUCCAUCAGAAAAUUUCACUACAAAAACCCUGCAGUUCAAAGAAACAAUAAAAUCAAGAUUGAAAGUAGAGCAAGUAAGUCUACAGCAUGUAAUAAAUUUAGCUUUUUGCUAAUUCUAAAAAUUUUUAUUACAUGUUAAUUUAGGUUGUGGAAAGUAUAGAAAUGCAAGCACUUUUAACGUUUGAUUUUGUUAUGUUUACCGUCUUAGCCAGGUGAGAAUUUCUCAUAUUUAUAUUGUACAUGUUUACAUUUGCAUGCAGUGACAGCACUUUGUGUAUAGGCCGAUUACUGAACAGCACAAUAUUCUAUCUCAGUAUUAAUUUCUCAAUACAGUUUGAUAGCUGCAGUUGGUUUAGCUGAAGACAACGCUGUGUUAUUGGUUGCCGGCAUAUUAAUAUCACCACUUAUGGUAUGUGCUUCGUGUGUUGGUGAAUUCAUGCAAAUAAAUUCUGUGUUAAAUCUAUCUGGGUUUUUUGGUCAAAAUUUUCGCUCCAAUAUAUAUCUAUUCACUAGUAACUUACGUCGUCAUUUCGUUUCAGCAAAUAUGCAUAGUACUACGUACUUUGCUUGAAUAAGAAUAUGAUAUUGUUCAAUAGGGUCCAAUUCUUGGUGGAACAUUUGGGACAGUUAUAAAGAACAAGAAAUUGGGAAAUACAGGACUGAAAACUGAACUCUGCGGUUUAAUUCUUUCAGUAACAAUCGGUACAGUUUGCAUGCAAAUUAUUUUUCCUGUAACUUGUACAAUUAAGUAUCUAGUGAGUUGAGAACAACCACAAGUAACCAUUUCAUUGCUAAUUUGUAACUUUGUUAGGAUUUCUGUUCGGUUUUAUUUGUGGUUCGCUUGGUGUGAAUGGUGCAUCAUGGGAUAGCACAAAGGGUAUCUGGCCUACACAGGAAAUGACUAAAAGGUAAGACAUAAUAGAAGCACGAGUUUUGAUCGUUCCUUUCAACUGAUCGUUUGGAGGUAUGACUAAAGGGAGAGCUACCAACCGGAGAGUUAUCUCGGAGAGUUAUGAUUUCGGAGAGUUACGUUCGAACCACGCCCAAACCACGCCCACUUUUCCCAAUGACCACACUCAAUUUCUUAACUCUCCCGAUGUUUCCUUGAACUAACAUGAGAGAGUUAUGUUUGACGUAACUCUCUCUCGUUAACAUUAUGAAGAUGUUAGAGAGUUAUAAUUUUUUAUAACUCUCCGCGUUCACGAUUGUGGCAAUGAAGAGAGUUAUGUCAGUUUUUUUGAGAAAACCUUAGUAAAGCUUGUUUCUUCAGAUUUUCAUCUCAUGUUUUGGUAUUUGAGUUUGUAGCGUGUCAAUAACGUGCGUCCAAACAGGGAAUAGUACAACUUGACUCGGUCAAACAGUCAUUAACUGUGGUCAAAACAAUGAGAUGCUACCCCCAGAAGCAUGCUUUAACGUGCAAGAAAAUUGAAAAAAUUAAGAAAAUUGAAUCUUUCACCAAUUCAGGUUUUGGAAAUACUUCCCAGAUCAGCCAAUAGGGCAUUACAUUGAAAAGGUUUUCUGGUUCUAUUCAAUACGAGAGCUGUAUCUGAAUCCAAGUGAGCACGUAAUAAUUUAUUUACUCGUACUCGUUCACUUGGUUUGUAGUAAAGUACUACUAGUUUCUACUAACGUGAAAUGUUGAAGCUGAAACUUGAGAAAAAAGUAAAUUCACAAUAAUUUACUUUAAUGUGGAAGUUUUUUUCCAAAAACUGACGGACAUAACUCUCUUCAUUGAUAAAAAAUGAUAACUCUCUAACAUCUUCAUAAUGUUAACGAGAGAGAGUUACGUCAAACAUAACUCUCUCAUGUUAGUUCAAGGAAUCAUCGGGAGAGUAAAGAAAUUGGGUGUGGUCGUUGGGAAAAGUGGGUGUGGUUUGAACGUAACUCUCCAAAAUCAUAACUCUCCGAGAUAACUCUUCAAUUCAUAACUCUCCGUUUAGCCGGUCCCAUCGUUUGGCCCGGCAAGCGAGUUACGCUAGUGUCAAUUUGGCUAACGUAAGUACAAUAGUAUAACAUGCACUUGCGGGCAUGCAUGUGAGUUAUCUAAUGUUGUGAAUUGGGUGGCAACGCGUACGAUGUGAACAACGUUAGCCAAAUUUGUUUAAUAUUGCAAAGUCCAUCUCAAAAACGUGGUAUAAAACACUCCGCUAUAUAUAUGACAAAAUUAAUAGUAUAUUAUAGUCUAAUUCUUAUAAGAACCCAAAUGGUAUUCACUUCUAUAAUAAGAACAAUUCUCUUCUUUUUCUCUCUUUUCUUUCUUUCAAUUUGUGAAUCCAAUACCUCGACGGUAAAAAAUAUACUUAAACUAAAAAAAACAUGCAUCACAUGUUUCCAUAUCCUUCAUCAUGGACAAAUUUUAUAUAUAUAUAUAUAUAUAUAUAUAUAUAUAUAUAUAUAUAUAUAUAUAUAUAAUUUGUUAUCUUAAAAUGUUUCAAUUUCUCGCUACUUUAAGUUUCAUGCCGAUUAAGAUUCACUUUAGGUUUCGUAGUGGCAUGAAACUUAAAGUAGCGAGAAAUUGAAACAUUUUAAGAUAACAAAUUAAUUCGCUCUGCUAAAUAAUUUGUAGUAUUGAGCGCUCUUUUAUCUAUAACGAAAAACAAAACUGUUUAUAUAUAUAUAUAUAUAUAUAUAUAUAUAUAUAUAUAUAUAUAUAUAUAUAUAUAUAUAUAUAUAUAUAUAUAUAUAUAUAUAUAUAUAUAUAGGCGAAUGUCAAUAAGUAUAUUGAGUGUCGAAUCAUAAGAAUAGAGUGCUCGAUACAAAAGUAGAGCAAAUAAAAGACAAACUUGAGUUACUUCGUUUAAAACAUUUAUUCACGACAAAUUUGUUUCGUAUGGCAAACUAGGCUUGCCACACUCAUCAGGUGAAUGGUGUAUAUAUAUAUAUAUAUAUAUAUAUAUAUAUAUAUAUAUAUAUAUAUAUAUAUAUAUAUAUAUAUAUAUAUAUAUAUAUAUAUAUAUAUAUAUAUAUAUAGCUUAAGAUUUUGGUUUACGAAACACAAACAGUGCUCAAUACCAUAUAGAUAGAGCGUAAUAUAGUUUUCGUUUUACCUCAAAAAACCACAACAGUCUGUUUCAUCCGUAUAGGAAUCAUCGUUCUAAAACAACGCAAACAAUACACUCAUGAUUCCUAUACGGAUGAAACAGACUGUUGUGGUUUUUUGAGGUAAAACGAAAACUAUAUAUAUAUAUAUAUAUAUAUAUAUAUAUAUAUAUAUAUAUAUAUAUAUAUAUAUAUAUAUAUAUAUAUAUAUAUAUAUAUAUAUAUAUAUUCCUUUAAUAUUGUGAUUGACUGUAAAUAAUUUAUUACAUAGUAUAAUACAAACUAGCAUAACUAGAGAUCUAAAUAAAAAGUCUACGAAGAUUUCUAGUAGGUCUCUAGCCCGCACUUUACAAUUAUUGUAAAUAUACUACACAUAAAUUUAUUGUACAUGGGGAAAAUUUUUAAAAUAAAAGAUAAAUAAAAUGGUCAUCUGUAUGAAACCACGCAUCUAUAGAGUAUACGCUGAAGAUCUCAAUUAAGAAGGAACACAGAUCAUUAAAACUAUUGGAAAAGAGUUAGAUGAAACUUUGCUUUCUAGUUGUUUUAUUUCGAAAGUGAUCAACUACUUAGGACAUUUGUAUUCACAUAUUGCAAUCCAUAUCUUAAUACUGUUAUGUAUGGCCAUCACAAUAUCACAUUUAUUGGUUUAGGGGUAUGACUCGUAGUUUGUGGGUUGGUGUUUGCAUUUCGUUACCAUCAGGUGCUGCUGUUGCGUUAUCUGUGUUGGGUGGUAACAUUCGUCCACUGGUGGGUGUGGCAAUAUCUGCUUCAUUGCUGUCUCCUGCAGUUAAUUCUGUAAGUGCUAAUUUACUUAUGUUCUUUAAUUAAUUACCACGAUUUAAGUAUUAAAAUGUUAUCUUGUAUUUAGGGGAUGUUAUGGGCUUAUUCCAUUAUUUCUGCUAUAAAGCCACCAGAAUUACUGGACAAUGGUGAAUCCAAUAUCUCGACGGUAAAAAAUAUACUUAGCUAAAAACAUGCAUCACAUGUUUCCAUAUCCUUCAUCAUGGACAAAUUUUGACUGUAGAUCAAUAUCCUAUUUCAGUUUUAUUGUCAUAAUAUAUAUAAAGUAUUUUCAUUUUCUCAAAUCUUUUUUAAGUCAAAAUGUCCACCGUUGAAAGACAACAGUUACAUGCCUACCUACAGUUGUGACAUGGGGAGAGAAGCGGCUAUUAUGGCAAUUAUAAGUUUGGUUUUGACUGUUGUCAAUAUAAUCUGUAUUUUUAUAACUGCUACCCUUGUUUUAAAGGUAAAUUACUUAAAUGGCAAAUUUUCUAUUUUAUUUCUAUUUCCAUUGUUUAAGUUAUGCUUGUUAAAAAUCUUAAAACCUUGAGAAACAAAAAAAUUAAACUUCAUCUCUCAAUUCUAUUUAAUUAACCAAUGUCUGCGUGAUAGUGCUUGGUCCAGUCACAGACCCUUUUCUGGGCCGCAUGGAUGGUGCUUAAUGAAACUCACCAAUAACAAAAUGUGCUUUAUUGACAGAUAAAAGAAGUUUCACCCAAAGCAUCCACUUCUAAAGCUAGACAGACAUUCUGGACUGAAGAUAUAAAGGUUAUUAUUAUUCUACAGUAUAAUUAGUUACACAUUCAGUCCAUUCCAAAUGGGUGCAAGAUAAUUGGCGACAGAAAUUAUUAAAAACCGAGCCUUUCAGAUCACACAGACAUCACAUUUUGCCUUUUUGGCGACUUUUCAGAGGCCAUUUCAUUGCUAUAGGUUCUCGUAGCAGACCCAGAGAGAUAUUAGAGCGCUUCAGAUUCAACUUCCAUUUUCCCGCUAGCUGUACCUCUCAUGCAUGCACUUGGCUUAAUCGAAUAUGUCGCUUAAUGAUGGCCGUAAUAGCAAAUUAUUCACUUAGCUUUCCACUUCACUUAGUCCAUUUAAUUGUCCAUUACAUUUCUUAUAGGUAGCAAGAGAUACUUACAAAACAUAUAAAGGCAGUGAGGCAGCAGAAAACUUUGCGAAAACCAUUUUGAACGAUUGGAAAGUGAGUCUAGUGUGUUGCUGAUAGUGUGCUAUCUUAUUGACUUAUUGUAUGAUACACUUAUUCUACCCGUGCCAGGAUGUUUCAAAUAUUAAUCUCUUUUUCAUGUAUUUUAAUUACUUAUCUAGAAUAAAUACUCGACUGAACAGAUUUCUCAUCUGAUUGAGGUAAAACAAACCAUGACUGAUAAAUUAAUGAGUCAUGAAUUUUUUGGUGUUCGAGUGAACAUUGAAAAACUUUCAGGAGAAUUUAUUCCAAGGAAUGUUCAGAUAAAAUACCAGAAUUUCACAACUUGAAGUACCGUAUUUAAAACACGAGAAGGAGUGUUUUAUCAUAUUUAAAACGCGAGGCGCAGCCGAGCGUUUUAGAUAUGAUAAAACGCAAGUUCGAGUGUUUUGAAUAGCUUAAAAUACGACUACAAAAGAAUACUAAUUAGGAUGAACAAUUAUAUAAUCAUACUAAUUACGAUGAACAAUUAUAUAAAGAAUACUAAUGAAGAUGAGUUUUAUCAGAUAUAAAGUCACUCCACGUGACAUAUUAUGGCUGACAUGAUUUGCCACAAGGUUCAUGAAUUUUUAAUGAGUAUUUUAAGUACUAUUUAAAAAACGAGCAGGAGUGUUUUAUUAGGUCGUUUAACACGACCUGCGAGUUUUUUAAAUGGCUUCAAAAACGUUUGCAUAAUAAGUCAAAUCUUUAUAUAAAAAUCUUUAUAUAAAAAUCUUUAUAUAAAAAUCUUUAUAUAAAAAUCUUUAUAUAGCUUGCAUAACAAUGGUCUUUUGUUAAAGUGUUCUUUAGCUGGUAUAAAGACAUAUGGAUGUGACUAAUUUCUUACUCAAGAUUGGAUAUUUACUUCAUGAAUUAUUAAUGAGUUUUUGAAAUGUUUAUUAUAAGUAAUAGCAUGGCUUGAGGGAGAUUAGUGAUUAAAUGGCCCCGUAACCCGAGGCAGGUUUGCGGAAUUCCCGAGGGCGAAGCCCGAGGGAAUUCCGCAAACCUGCCGAGGGUAAGGGGUCAUUUAAUCACUAAUCUCCCGAAAAGCCAUGCUAUUAGUUUGUAAUAGCAUAGUUUCGCUCCCAUUUAAAAAUGGACAAACAUGCCCUACUUGGAAUCAGCGUAUUUAAGCUAAAACAUUUGCUUCAUUGCUUGUGGGAUGUAAAAGCUUGUUGCACAUGCGCACUUUUUACGCUUUAAUCGGUUACGCAUGCGCAAUCUAUCAUUUAACGUACCACAACAACAACGCUAAAUAUAUUAGUAUAAAUUUGAAGACUGCACGUGCAUAAUUUAAAUGAUGCGGCAACUCGGGGAUCGGAUGAUAGACUAUUGACGGCUCUGAGCUAACCGCUGCUGUUCCUUGCACGAUUAUGUGCGUGAGGCACUUGCCUAAUGCGUAGUCGUCAGGGAGACAAAGGUGUGACCCUUGGUAACGGGCGAUUAGUUCUAAUCGCCCGCUCUAGCGGGCGAUUAGAACUAAUCGCCCGCUACAGCGGGCGAUGCGUGAUUAAACGUCCCUGUUGAAACAAAAGAAACCCGGGCAACUAUGCUAUUAUACAUUAUAUUCGUACAGGAUUUACUAAACACAGAUGGUGGAGCCCAGUUCCCAAAUGUAAGUUGGUCAAAGUACUGAACUUUGUUUUUAUCUUGAUUGUGAUUAAUUGACGUUGACGUUGUAGAAAUACAAUUGUAGAAUAGACAAGACGCUUGCUAAGCGUUUACUCGAGCUAAAGGAUUUGCAAAAUAUCGUAUUCAGCGUAUUCGCAUUCGCAUCAAAACUUCAUAUAUUUAAUACCAGUUAGUGGAGCGAGCUACUUUGUGGCGUAUAGUGACUAGUGGUUUAGGCGCCGCUUUCGAAGCGUGGUUCUAGUCGAGUUCAAAUCCCAUAUAGGGCAUACGCCACAAUUUUCCUUUGAAAUUUAAUUUUUUUUAACUUCUUUUGAGUUUGAUUUUAGGGUUAGGUCUUAGGAUUAGUAGUUAGGGUUGUGUGUGGGGUAGGUUUUUUUUAAGAGAAUAUUUUUAAGUCUUUUAACACUUUAGCAGCCGCUUAUAUAUAUAGGCGAGUGCCGAGUGCCGGGCACACUGCCCGGCUGUCGCAUGCAGUCUAGUAUUUCGAUUCCGAUGGUUAUAAGACUUAUAAAGUGAUAGUUUUAUAGAUCGAUACAUGUGAUGGAUAUUUUGAAUAUAAACUACCCGGCGCCGCAUGUAGACUAGUAUUUUGAUUCCGAUGGAAUCAGUUAAAAGAUUAAUAGUUUUAUAGUUACAUGUGAUAAAUGACUAGAUUUUGAAUACAAACUAGAUUGAGCACACAAAAUAAGCGUACAGCCGUUUACAAGUUUUGAUCGAGUACGCUUAGAAAGCGUACAGCCGUUUACUUUUGACCGAGUACACGUAAAAAGCAUGCAUUCACAAAUACCUGAUCGAGUACGCAUAUUAAAAUGCACUAUUUGCAUAUAAACUAAGUAGAAAAGACGGGUACCGGAUACCGGGUAGAUGGGUACCAGGUAGGUAGGUAGGUACCGGGUAGAUGGGUAUCGGCUAGAUGGGCACCGGGUAGAUGGGUAUUGGCUAGGUGGGUACCGGGUACCGGUAGAUGGGUACCGGGCAAAUGGGUACCGGGUAGAUGGGUACCCGAUAAACGGUACGUUCAAUGUGUUUUUAAAAUUUUUAAUACGCUGAAAUUAAAGUUCAAUUAAACACAGCUUUCAAUUCAUCAUGAUAGUACGCUAUAUUGGACAGCCAUGGUGUAUCUCUUGUAUCCUAUUAUUUAGUCGCACUCAAACUUAUACGGCAACUAUAUACAACUGUAUUGGCUUAAUUUACAUCCGCAGAUUAAAUACGCCUAAUCAAACGCCAUGAUUCAAAAUUCAAACUCCCAUAUCAAACGCAAAAAUUACGCCGUUUACAUUAGUGCACCAUCGGAUGUUUUUACUGUUUUAGAUUAAUUUAAACUUAAUUUAAAUUUAAACUAACACCGCAGUGUCCAUAAAAUUUGCUUGCGGUUUAAGAUUUGUAUUCCUGCCUUUUGCACCAUAGCACGUAUCUCGUUAUUUUCAAGCCAGUGUGAACGCCUGAGCAGGCGUCUUGUUAUUUCUAGUUUUUAGGUUGUCACGUUCAUUAUUCCGCUUGCAUUUUCAUAGAAAAGGCAAAACAUCGAAGAGGCUUCCAUUUUGAGUUUUUGACAACAUUCGGAACACUUGACAUUUCUUGACAUCACGUUCGCAAUAUAGAUUUCAGUAAUGUUGACGCAUGAGCAGACGUUUUUCCGCGGUGUUAGGUAAAAUGCUGAAAAAGCUGUAUGAAAAAGCUGUAUAAAAUUGCAGAAGAGGAUUUCGGUUGAAUUCGGCUAUACCAACCGAUUUGUCUGUUUAAAUAAACUGCAUGCAUUAUACCAUUAAUAAAGAUAUAAGGUCGGAAAGAAGGGAACGGAUAUAACCAAGUCGGUUAGCUUAUAAAUGAACUCUAUAUUUGCAGAAACUUUUGAGAGAUUUAAAGACACUCUUAUCAAAGGAAGAUACCAACAAUAUUACAGCCGAUAAAGGAAUGCGUCACACUACAUCCUAAAGGCCAAAGUCAGCCAUAGCCGAAGCCGGAAAACGUUACUGAAGCAAGAAACAAACAUUCUCUUGCUUCGUUUAAUUCAUGUAUACGACACCUGGCCAAUUAAUUAAUUAUUAAUUAAUUACGUUAAUAAGAAUAUUACAUAGUACUGAUAUUAAUUUAAUAUGUAAAUAAUUAUAUACUAGUUGUAUUUGUAAAUGUAUCGUAAUUGUUGUUAACUAAUGUAAUGCAUGACCAUAAUUUGUAUUAAUUGUAUUUUUUUAACUAUUUAAAUCUACGCCCCCCUUGGAAAUCAGCUUUUGCUGUAGGGGUUAGCGUAGUUAAAUAAAGUUUUGCCUACCUACCUACUGAUCGAUCCAAAAACACGCACAUAUCACGUAACUGAUCCAAAAAACAAGAACAUUAUUCGUCUGUAGUUCAGCCAUCUACUGAUUAUUCAAACACGUACUCUGCGAACUGUGCGAAGACUGAAAGUACAGUGUACAAUGAAUAUUGUGUUCAGUUUUUAAACGGAUCAUUUCCGAAUAAAGGAAUACCGAAUGGUUUUCCGUGCAGGAUUGCGUGAUCCAUGCACGAGGGAUGUCGCGAGACUUUCGGAAAGCGUAAAAAUACUCGAGCCGCAGGCGAGUGUAUUUUUACGCUUUCCGAAAGUCGAGCAACAUCCCAAGUGCAUGGAUCACGCUAUCCUGCUUGGAAAACCAUUUGGUAAUUGUUUUAUAAAAUAACUACAGUGAAACAAUGACAUUUUGUGAAUCCCGCGAAGACAUUUUAAUUCCUCGUGCAGGAUAGCCUGAUCCUGUACGGCUAUUAACCAAUCAAAUUGCGUGUUUCACUGUAGUUAUUAUAUAAUCCACCUUUCCGACUCUCAAAACACGUGGCAUUCCACGUGUAUCAAAUAACAAGGACUCGGACAAACAAACUCGGAAAAGACUAUAAUUUAAUAUAGCGCGAGUGACAUAUCACGUUGUUUAACUGCUUUUAAUAAAAACGCUGUAGUUCGUGAAGAACAAUAACGCCAAAUCGAGGCUUCGUGCUAAAUUUGUAUAGAAACAUUAAUACAACUUAAAAAUAAAUUUUAAAAGGUCAAUGGGAAUUAGAUUCAAUGCUUAAGGAGUUACUUGCUUAUAUGAUGAUCGAACGAAGGCAGAGCUUCAGUCGAAGAUACUUCUCCAGUAUUCGGUCUUACUGCUUCAGCUAGCGCAGCAACCUCGUUCCCAGGGUCUUUAGGAAAGACCCUGGUAUCGGCUGGUCAUGUGCCUCGUCCAAAAUUGAUUGCCCGAGGGGGUGUGGCGAAAGUAUCAAAUUACAAACAGUAAAAACAUAAAUUUUGCGAACUAUUAUACCAGUAAGUUCAAAAUACUUGCUAAUUUUUGUUUAUUUUAUUUGCUUUGAAUUUACAAGAACAUUCUUACAUUUUUACCAACAGUCAAGUCAAGAAACCAAGCAAAUCGUUACUCGCAGUGCUCUCUCGUGUUAUUAUUAUUCAAUGCUCUCUUCACACUCGAGCGCGGUUUUAUAACUGACAAACGUUUAUGGGCUUUUCAGUGGUCACCAUUUCUACAUAUCUAAUGUUUUUAAAACACGUAUUAGAGUGCGUAUAUCCGAUACAACACGGACGCGAAUGUUGUAAAUAGCUUAAAAAAUAGGUACGCAGUGCGUACAUGUUGCAUGCCAUCAAACCAUGAAACCUCAUGACUCAGAAUACUAUACAGAACUCCAUCUCCAUUGUUUCCUGCGUAAGUGCUAUUAGGCCGUAUUCUGUGGCACGAUAUCGUUCAGUUCCGUUGCCCGGGUUCGGGCACUACUUUUGUAACAAGAUAAAUAAUUAGGAUAAAUUAUACAAAGUUCAAAUCCGCUUGUUUGCACUUCCCAAAACCUGCAGUUUUCGAGUAUUUCUAAUCUACUUUCAUAUUAUUCAAGCAUUUCGAGCCAACGAAAUUAAAUUCGUUCGCUCGAGCGGGAUUUGAACUCGCAUCUUCGGUUUAGAUACCCGAAGAUGCGAGUUCAAAUCCCGCUCGAGUCAACGAAUUUUUUGUUGGUCUAGUGCAGUGUCAGAAUAAUAUGAAAUUGGUUUUUCGUUUCUCUGGGGAUGGUUCAGUCCACCACAAGUUCAUGCAUAACAAAACCCUUGGCCAAAUAUAUAAAACCUUAAUUUCCUCUUUAAUACACCAGCACAUCAUAGUUUCAUCUCUUAAUUCAUAUACAUGUACUGUGCAACUCGAUAUUGCGAGGGAUGGAAUUAUUGCAUAAAGUUAAUACAGUAAAUACAAAAAGGUUCAUCUACAAGACUACAACCACAUUAUAAACACUUGUGGCUUAUUUUCUAAAAAAUAGAGUACAUUUUACCAUUUAUUCCUAACAUUUUUUCAUGAAAUACUAAAAUAAAAAUGUGAAUUUUAAAAUGUUUACCUGUUUAGAGUUGACUGCAUGUUUCAGGCAGUUUAUAGACUGCUGUUUACCCGGCUUGGAAUAUCGUUUUUGUCCACAUUUUGGGAGGUUUUAAUAGUUGUUUGUUGUCUUUCACGGACGAAAAUAACUUGUACGACUUUCACAUCCUCAGGAACAAAUUGUCAACAGUCGAAAAAAUAUGUCAAAAAUAUCAAAACAACAAGGAUUCACUUUCAAAAAGCCGAAAUAUUUUUAUAAAAACCAGGGGGGGGGUGAAAACUUCGGCGGGCUCAUUUUUUAGCCUUGUUCAGUGGCAAUUACCAUGAAUUUAGGGACCAGUAGUCAUGGAAAUGGCGUCAUUUUCACUCAAAAUCCGCCAUGUUUUUGGCUUCACUUGCUUGACUGAACGAAGUAUAGGAGCAGGUCCUCCAGUUAUUAUACAGCUCAGUGCGAAGCACACACGAGAGCGGAAGAUGUUAUUUCGCUGGCCUCAAAGUGACAAAACGUAACCAAGCAACUGAAUUACUAACACUAACCCUAUUCCAAACACCAACUCUAACCCUAAUCCUAACCCCAACCCUAUUCCUAACCUAACCCUACUCCAAGUUUGUUUCUAAACCAAUCUUGAAGAAAAAAGUUUUGACGAAAUGUCAUUCUGAGUUCAGCGAAAUAGUAUUUUCCCACGAGAGCACGCGAUUUUUUAUGCGCCAGCGUUCUGUAUGACCUGCUUACAUGCUUGUAUUGGUAAGUACUUAGUCUUGCAGGGAUAUAAUGGAUCCGUAUAUAUUAUCUUAUAAUGGAUCCGUAUAUACUAUCUUAUUCUGCAGCCAUUACGGUGCAUUGCGUUACAACUGCUUGGGCAUGCUGUUCAACUUUCUUUACCCGACUUAACCCACCUUACAACGACUUUGACAUACUUUAGGCAGGCUUAACUCGACUUAGACCAACUUAGGCCUGAUUACAACUGCUUUGGCAUGCUGUUCAACUUUCUUUACCCAACUUAACCCACCUUACAACGACUUUGACAUACUUUAGGCAGGCUUUACCCGACUUAGACCAACUUAGGCCGGAUUACAACUGCUUUGGCAUGCUGUUCAACUUUCUUUACCCCACUAACCCACCUUACAACGACUUUGACAUACUUUAGGCAGGCUUUACCCGACUUAGACCAACUUAGGCCAGAUUACAACUGGUGAUACUAGUGAGGCAAAUCAGACUGCAGAUGAUGUGGAAAUGUUUACUGGUCCCCUGAAUUUGGCCGAGGUAUUUAAUACUCGUAUACGGAUUUGUGAAAUACGUUAUGAAUAUCAUGCAGUAGCAUUUGAUUACUGUUACUCCGUUUAAUUUGUAUAAUUUGUUUUGCAUAAUCGCAGAAAUUACAACUAAUUUCGUAUAAAAAGGUGCUGUAUAAAUGCAUGCCCUAUGUAUGUAUGUAUUCCAAACUGUUUUCUUUGGAUUUUACAUCAUACCGUAUUCCGGACUUCAUCAUGUACACCGCAAUGACUUAUGAACUCUUACUUUGCGUACCUGCAUGAACCACAAAUACUGUACAUUGCCAGUGUAUCAUGGAAUUCUAGGAAUGGGUUUCCGGUCUUUUCAGUUUUUACUCAGAUGUUUUUUGGAUCCCGCUUUACCCUUCGGGGCUACGCUGUUUAGUCCUUCCGGCGUGGUUGUCCAUUAGAGAGGUUCAGACUUCCACUGGCUCACUACCACUCUCUUUCACGGACUUAUAGUACGGAUCUGAUUGGUUAAUCGGAUAUAUUAUCAAACGCUUUUGAUUGGUUAAUGGCUCUUAAUGGUAGCAGUUGUGCAUGUGGUAGUGGAAGUCAAAUCUGCAUGAGUCUCUAUGAUGGACCUGUUGCUGGGACCAGGAGGAGCGGAUCUGGUCAUUGUACUAACCCAAAUGGGGCUGAUCAUCACCUGCUAAACAUGAACCCAAUUAUAUUGAUGAGGGCCAGCGCUCUCCCCAUGACGCAUUGUGACUAAAUAGAUUAAUCUAGCUACUCAUAUCAAGUCUAUCAACUGUCUUGUUUAUUCUUAUGUAAAGGUCCUACAAAAUGAACUGAGAUCACUAAAUGUUCAAGGUGAUUCGUGGACAGUCACAAACGACAAGCAGUUUCAUCAGGUACAAGUAUGUUAAGUUGCAACGAAUCAUCUACAAAAUCCUGGUGGAAAAUCGUAAGCUAGUCCUUUUGUGUCAAAACACAAUCCUACUACCAAUUCUAAACCUACCCUAAUCUUUUAGGUGGUAUUCUUAGAGAAGACUGGUGAAAGAGUUGAAAACAUUUUGGAGAGAUUAACAUAUGUUGGUAUUGGAAAGAGACCAAAAUCAUCAGUAAGGUAUUGUUUUCUGGAACUUUUAGUUUUAUUUAGAAUUGGUGGCACAUUGAGUGUCUAUCACCUUGGAGAAUUUACCCCCUUGCUGCAAUCAUCAUUUUAAGUGAUUUUACGUCUUAGCAUCAUUCCCACAUCUGCCCACAUUCAACCUCAAGAAAACAAAAGGACAAGGGUUUACCUCACACCUUUUUUACUUUUCCUUCCCUGGAAAAUAUCCAUCCAUCCCCUAUCCCUUCUAAAAAACCAACAUACCCAAGAUGCAACAUUAACUUGCAUAAUUUAUGCUCUUUAAUUUUAAAAACACCAUUGUAUAAUAAUCAAUUAGCACCAUCCCAUCUAAAUUCUGUUCUCAGUCUGACCCUCACCCCUCUUUUCUAAGAUUCACUCAUCUCCUUCUCAUUGUUGAUGUCAUCAUUUUAAGUGACUCUAUGUUUUAGCAUCAUUCCCACAUCUGUCCACAUUCAACCUCAAGGAAACAAAAGAAAAAGGGCUUCAAAAUUUGAAAGUACUAUCACUACAGAAUAUGAAACUGAACCAUUACUUAGUUUGUGAGUUUAAAUAUUUGCAUUUGACAAGUUACUUUCUUGUAAAACUGAACUAACAAUUACUGUGGCAUUAAAAUGUAAAAUAUUUAUAGUGAAAACGAAUCUGUAAAAGACCAGUUCAAAAAGUCGAUAAAAUCAAGAUUGACAGUAGAACAAGUGAGUGUGAAGUCUGUGACGAAUUUCAGUUUCUAUCUCAUUUUUUUUCUUGGUGCGAAAAUUUUGCACUACUAAUUUUGUUUUAUUAUAUACAUACAUGUUUAGGUUGUGGAAGGUGUAAGAAUGCAAGCACAUUUAACGUUUGAUUUUGUGAUGUUUACAGUGUUAGCCAGGUGAAAAUUUAUAGUCUUUUUAUCAGUACGAUAUAAUUAUAAAUGUCAACUUAGCAAUGACAGCACUUUGUGUACAUAUUCUAUCUGUUAUUCUGUUUUCUCAUUACAGUGUGAUAGCUGCAGUUGGUUUAGCUGAAGACAAUACUGUGGUGAUGGUCACCGGUAUAUUAAUAUCACCACUUAUGGUAUGUAUUAUGGUAUGUGAUGAAUUCAUGCAAGUGAAUGCUGUUUUGGAUCUCAAAUUGCGUAUCUUUCAUUUUGUAAAAAUUUUCACUCGAACGUAUGUCUUAACUAUAUGUUCAUUGCAAAUAAGAUAUUUUUCAAUAGGGUCCAAUUCUUGGUGGAACAUUUGGUACAGUUAUAAAGAACAAGAGCUUGAGAAAUACAGCACUUAAAACUGAACUCUGCGGUUUAUUUCUUUCAGUAGUUGUUGGUAAAGUUUGCAUUUAGUUUAUUUUGUUGUUAAACGUUUACAAACUUGACAAUUUAGAUACUAGCUUGCAAACAACAAUUCACAAAAAAGCUGAUCAGUUGCAACUUAGUUAGGAUUUCUGUUCGGUUUAAUUUGUGGACCGUUUGGUGUAAACGGUGCAUCAUGGGAUAACACGAAGCGUAUUUGGCCUACAAAUGAAAUGACAAGCAGGUGAGACAUGAGUAGUGAUCGUUCCUUUCAAUUGCGUUGGCCCGUGCAAGUGAACAAAAGCCAUCUCAAAAUUAUGAUCAUCUAAAACCAUGUAUCAUAGAGUACAUUUUCUAAUAUUAUUUCCAUUUAACAAUUAAAACUAUUAAAAAGUGUUGAGAUAAAAUGUGCCAGUCAUAAUUUAUUUCAGAAGUCAACUGAAUAACAUAUUGCAAUCCAUAUCUUAAUUCCGUUAUGUAUGACAUCGCAAUAUCAUAUUUAUUGGUGUAGGGGUAUGACUCGUGGUUUGUGAGUUGGUGUUUGUAUCGCGUUACCAUCAGGUGCUGCUGUUGCGUUAUCUGUGUUGGGUGGUAACACUGCUUCUCUGGUGGGUGUGACAAUAUCCGCCUCAUUGUUGGCUCCUGCAGUUAAUUCUGUAAGUUGCAUGGUUGCUGUAGUUUUUUAUGGGCGUGUUCUAUUAUUUCUGCUAUAAAACCUCCCGAAUUGUUGGACAGCGGUGAAUUCAAUACGUCAACGGUAUAACUGAAAUAAUGAACUGUAAUACAUAUAUAUCAUGAGUGGCCGUGUUGUGUGAGAUAUAGAUUGUCAGUUGUGAUUUGUCUCGAUAAACGUUUAUACAUUCUUCAAUAAUUUUAAAUACAUGAAUGAUUAUAUAAGUACUUAAUGUUUGUACAAAUCAGCAGAAUUUUCAUGGCACCAGAAUGUGAGAGAAAAUAGCCUGGGUACGAGGUUGCGGAAUUUUGUAUCAGAUAUACAAACUCCUUCAUUUGCAUGAUUUCCGUUGUGUUUUCUUCAUGAAUGUAAAUGAGAAAUCCAAGUACUAGCUAAAAUAUGAGCAACUGCAUCUUUAUUAUGGGCAUUUACAAAUGGCGAGCGCGCAGCGUGCGCCAUUGUUAAAUGCCCUUAAUAUGGUUUACAUAUGUGCACAAGUGACCUAAAUAUCGCGUCGUGAUCUAUUUGUAGUCUUACGCCACGGUAUUCAUUAUUCAUGAAUUUUACAACUCAAGUACUAUUUAAAAAUUGUCACAACUAUGCAUGAAUUAAUUCCAUUUUGUACUUCAAUUCCAUUCCAUCUUUUUUCAGUCAAAAUGUCCACCGCUCAAAGAUAACGGUUACAUGCCUACCUACAGUUGUAACAUGGGGACGGAAUCUGCUAUUCUAGGCAAUUAUAAGUUUGGUUUUGACUGUUGA